AUGUCGGACAGCAAUGAAGCACCGGUGAAGCUCUCAUUACCGCUGGAGUUCCAGCAGGAAAUAUUCAAAGAGCUCCGCGAAGAAGAUGAGCUCGUCAUCAUGGCGCGUGGCCUCGGCCUCUUGCGUAUUGUCACCAACCUCCUCCAUUCGUACGAUGCUGCCGGAAACAACUUGAUAGUCGUCGUCGGCGCAGACGACCGCGAGAACGGAUGGAUCGGAGAGGCCCUGGCAGAACACGCUGCCAUCAGCGCCUCGCCAAAAUGCCGCGGAUUGAGCCUGGUCAACACAGAUCUCACGGACGUUGGACAGAGAGAAAAAAUGUACAAGCAGGGAGGCAUCUUCUCAGUCACAUCGCGUAUCCUGGUCGUCGACCUCUUGACUGAGAACCUCGACCCUGCAAAAAUCACCGGUCUUGUUGUCCUCCACUCGGAACGCAUAGCUGCUACCUCGCUCGAAGCCUUUAUUGUCCGUGUCUACCGCCAAAAGAACAAGCAAGGCUUCCUCAAGGCCUUCUCUGAUGCUCCUGAGCCCUUCGCUUCGGGCUUCGCUCCUCUGGCUACCAUGAUGCGCAACCUGUUCCUCCGGCGACCCUCGUUAUACCCUCGCUUCCAUGUCACUGUCGCCAAGUCUCUGGAAGGGCGUCGAAAAGCUGAAGUCAUCGAACUUGAAGUCCCCAUGACCGAGGCUAUGCGCGACAUUCAGAACGCCAUCAUGGAAUGUGUUGAGGUCAGCAUCUCUGAACUGAAAAAAGGAAACACUGGCGUGGAUAUGGAGGACUGGAACCUCGACAGUGCUUUGCAUCGCAACUUUGAUGCCAUUGUCCGUCGACAACUGGAUCCUGUCUGGCAUCGUACAAACUUCAGAACCCGUCAAAUCGUGCGUGAUCUUGCACUAUUGCGCAACAUGCUACACUAUCUUCUCACCUUUGACGCCGUAAGUUUCGUUCGAUAUCUCGACACCGUCUUGGCCGCUUCGUCUCCUCCACCUGGCUCGAAUCGUCAAAACCAAUCUCCCUGGUUGUUCUUAGAUGCUGCUCACGUCAUCUUUGAUAGCGCCAAGCGUCGUGUAUACACUGGUAACAUCAAGGAUAGUCAGAGUGUAAAUGCCAGAACUGGUGUGCCCGAUUCUCUACGUCCAGUGCUUGAAGAAAUGCCAAAAUGGAACCUUCUGGCCGAGAUUCUGGAAGAGAUUGAGCGCGACAUGUACUUCAACCCUUCAUUCCAGGAAGAGUCCAAUGGCAGCAUCCUGAUCAUGUGUGGUGAUCAGGGAACAUGCCGGCAGAUUCGUGAGUACUUGCAGAGCAUGAAUGUCCUCCCAGACACUACGUCAGCAACCGAUGAUCCGGAAGAGGACACACGAGGACCAUCCGGUGCUGCUAUGAUGCGCCGAAAGCUCAGAAACUAUUUCCUCUGGAAGCGAGACUUCAACCGAGUGAGCAACUCACUCUUUGCCGAGAAUCAGAAGAACAUCAACGGCACGACUGACCAGCGUCAUGGCCAAGCUGGGCGAGGAGGACGAGGUGGUGGGUCUAACAAACGCCGCCGCAUGCGAGGCGGUUCAUCUGUUGCAACUGCUCCUACACGCACAGCGAACGGAAGCGUUCAUGUGGCAGGUGACAAAGAGUCUCAUGUACAAAGCCUGUUGGCCGAGCUGGAGCCUACAGAAGCCGAAGCUCAACAGAAAGCCGAGAUUGGUGCCGAUCCUCUGGACGAUAUGGACGACUUCUAUGAACUUUACGACAUGAAAGAUCUGAUAAUGGUGCACCCCUACGAUGGUGACAUGGACGAACACAUUCUCGAAGAGACCAAGCCGAGAUAUGUUAUAAUGUAUGAGCCGGAUGCGGCUUUCAUUCGACGCAUUGAGGUCUACAGGAGUAGCCACUCGAACAGAAACGUGAGGGUCUACUUCAUGUACUACGGCGGAAGUGUUGAGGAGCAACGAUAUCUGAGUUCUGUACGCAAGGAGAAGGACGCAUUCACCAAGCUGAUCCGUGAAAGAGGUUCGAUGGCGGUCACUCUGACACACGACCCUGCAGGGCUGGACCCUCAGGAGUCAUUCUUGCGAACAGUCAAUACUCGCAUCGCUGGUGGAGGUCGACUUGUUGCGACGGCAGAACCACCCAGAGUUGUCAUUGAUGUGCGAGAAUUCAGGUCAUCUCUACCUUCGCUUCUACAUGGUAGGAACAUGGUUAUUGUUCCAUGUACUCUGACAGUAGGCGAUUACGUUCUCACGCCCGAGAUUUGCAUCGAGCGCAAGUCAAUCAAGGAUUUGAUUCAGUCUUUCCAAAACGGUCGUCUCUACCAUCAAGCUGAGACGAUGCAACAGCAUUACAAGAGCCCGAUGCUUUUGAUCGAGUUUGAUGCACAAAAAUCUUUCACACUCGAGCCCUUCGCGGAUCUGUCAGCCGGUGUAGGUUCUGGCUCUCUGCAAGCAUCUGACCUGCAGUCCAAGCUCGUACUGCUUACUCUGGCUUUCCCACGCCUACGUAUCGUUUGGUCCUCAUCACCAUACCAGACUGCCGAGAUCUUCGAGGAGCUCAAAAAGCAACAGGAAGAACCUGACCCAAUCAAAGCUGUCAACAUUGGUUUGGAAGAGAGUGACAUGGACGGUCAGGAGAGAACUUUCAAUCAACUGCCACAAGACAUGCUUCGUGCUGUACCCGGAGUCACUCCAAAGAACUUGAACAACUUGAUUCUCAAAUACGAGAAUAUAAUGGAAGUUGCCAACGCGGACGAGGAUGAGUUGACAGCGUUUAUCGGAAGGGAGGCUGGCAGACAGAUCUUCCGCUUCUUCAACCGUAGUGUCUUUGAUGAUUGA